AUGGCUACCAACAUCACCUGGCACCCGUCCCUCUCCCGCGCCGAGCGCACUGAGCUCCGCCGCCAGCGCGGCCUCACCCUCUGGCUGACCGGCCUCUCCGCGUCCGGCAAGUCCACCGUCGCCACGGCCCUCGAGCAGCACCUUCUGCACCAGGGCAUCGCCGCCUACCGGCUCGACGGCGACAACGUGCGCUUCGGCCUCAACAAGGACCUCGGCUUCUCCGAGAAGGACCGCAACGAGAACAUUCGCCGCAUCGCCGAGGUCGCUAAACUCUUCGCCGACUCGUCCGCCAUCGCCAUCACGUCCUUCAUCUCGCCCUACCGCGCCGACCGCGACUCGGCUCGCGCCCUGCACGCCGCCGUCGCUCCCGGCUCCGCCGACGAGCCCCUGCCGUUCGUCGAGGUCUACGUCGACGUGCCGCUCGAGGUCGCCGAGCAGCGCGACCCCAAGGGCCUGUACAAGAAGGCCCGCGCCGGCGAGAUCAAGGAGUUCACCGGCAUCUCCGCGCCGUACGAGGAGCCGGCCAACCCGGAGAUCACCAUCAAGACGCACGAGAACACCGUCGAGGAGUGCGUCGCCCAGAUUACGCAGUGGCUCGCGGACAAGGGCUACAUCAAGACGGCGUAA